AUGGGUUCAUCGGUGCGUGCGAACGAUCCAGUACGUCAGGAUGAAGGAGUUGGAGCCGGUCGAGGUGUAUACAACUAUCGAAUCCAGGGCGCCCUAUGUCAUCGCAUCGGUGGUCUUGCACCACCGCCAGGACGUACACCGAUAUUUGCUCAGUUGUAUUUCCACGACUCCCACUCAAUGGAACAAAGCAGUGCAACGGUUGACGCCAAGGUUUCUUUCGCCGGAGGGCUCAAUCGGGAAAUUGUGACCACCCUGCCAAACAUCUUUAAUGAGAAUAAUCCACUUGCUGGCAUGUUUCGCCAUGCGUAUGAACGGAUGGCUCAGGAAGAAAAUUUGCAGCUGCGCAUUCACGCCCGAUUGCAAGGAGUCGAUCACCGUCGCUACAAUCGACCGACAGCGGACGAGGUAGCUGGCAUAUUCGUCAGCAGCGACAGUGCAGAACCUCGAGACAUUGUCUUGGAGAAUCGUGGUACCGGUAGCCUGAUGAAAGUGUCCGAGCACUCUCAACUGUACGAUGCGUUGCAAUAUCCGCUGCUACAUCCGUACGCUGAAGUUGGUUGGAGUUUCGGUAUGCGCAAAGCACCAAGGCGGAACAACGCGGGAGCGGCAAGGAACACACAUACCACGGGUAGUGACGGUGAAGACGACGAAGCUGGAUCUUCAUCACGCCAGCGUGAAAAUCAAGCGCAGCUGCGUGCUGAUGCCUAUGCCGGCAUCAUGGACCUAGCUGGUGUCGAGCACGUGGUCAACGACUUGCAGCAACCCACAGCACCAACAACGCUGGAUCGAGCAGGCACUCGAGUCAUCCUGGCACCAUCGUUCGUUGGCAGUGACCGCUACAUGCGCGCGCAAUACCAGGAUGCGAUGGCAAUCGUUCGGGCGAUGGGCAAACCGGAUCUGUUCAUCACGAUUACAUGCAAUCCGUCAUGGGUAGAAAUAACGCAGGCGUUACUACCCCGCCAACAAGCUGCGGACCGACCGGACUUGACUACCCGUGUGUUUCGAGAAAAACUAAAGGCGAUUCUGGCAGAUCUGUCCGCAGGAGUGCUAGGGCUUCAGAUCGCUCGAAUACACGUCAUAGAAUUUCAGAAACGGGGUCUGCCGCAUGCACACUGUCUGCUGAUUCUUGGAGACAGUGACAAACCGCGAUCUGCAGCGGACUACGACAAAGUGGUUUCUGCGGAAAUACCAGAUCCGGUUAAUGCAGAACUGCAUGAAACGAUCCGGAAAUGCAUGACGCAUGGCCCGUGUGGACCAUCACAUCCUCAGGAUGUGAUCCUGAUCCUCCUACCCUGCAUGAAGGAUGGUGUCUGUUCGAAACACUUCCCGAAGGCAUUCUGCGAACACACACGACGUGAGGAAAAUGGUUAUCCGCUGUACCGUCGCCGUAACAACGGGCGUACCGUGAAGCUCGAUGCUCGGCGUAACCAUGGCGUUGAGCUAGAUAACCGCUACGUUGUAUUUACUAACCAGCCACGGAUUGUAGGGGACAACUGCCAUAUCAAUGUUGAGGUGUGCACGACGGUGACCAGCGUGAAAUAUUUGUACAAAUAUGUCUACAAAGGACACGACCGUGGGGCGGUCUCACCGGAUGGGACGGUGGACGAAAUUCAGCGGUACAUCGAUGCACGGCAGCACAACGACUUCCUUGGCAGCGUGGUUCAGGCAAACACUGGAUACGCCGUGUACGUAGUGGUGCAAGCGUGA